AUGACGAAUUAUUGUCCUUUCAUGGCUGAUGACGAUGAAGAUGAUAAUAAUAAUAAUGAUGACGAUGAUGAUGAUGAUGAUGAUUUAGUGGAAAAAGAAAAUCAUGAAA